AUGAACACGGCGGUUGGGAGGCAGAGAUCCGGUGCGUCGGGGGCGCACCACCAGCGGCAGUACUCCGACAAUUUUAUGGAAGCUUCGUCGAACGGGCGGUGGCUGCAAUCGGCUGGUUUGCAGCACCUACAUUCGUCAAGCAAUGGGGCGCCUCCAGUUCAGGAAUUUGGGUACUUUAAUGGUGGGAGUCAGGGUUCAAGGGUGUACAGGAGUGUGCAAGGCCAGAGGACUUACAGUGGAGACAGCAAUUUGUUUGUCGAGCCAUUGACGCCACCGGAGAAUUUGUGGAGGAAGAAUGGGGAUGACCAAGUUUCGCCGAAUGAGUACAGCCCCGGACUUUUGGAUCUGCAUUCGUUUGAUACGGAGCUACUUUCCGAGGUAUCAGUUCCUGGCCCCUAUGAUGCCCCUUCAAUGAAUCACUUCUCGCGGAGAAGAAGUUUUGACGAUUCUGACCCGUACUUUGGGAACAACAAACAAGCUGGCCGAGCUCGUGCUGUGCCUGAAAGCAAUGUUAUGAAAAGCAUUGCAGCUGAUAAUGUGAAGGCCAGCAAUGUUGCAAAGAUCAAAGUAGUGGUGCGUAAAAGACCUCUAAACAAAAAAGAACUCACAAAGAAUGAGGAGGACAUCAUAGAUACCUAUUCAAAUUCUCUAGUUGUCCACGAGACAAAACUUAAGGUUGACCUGACGGAAUAUGUGGAGAAACAUGAAUUUGUUUUUGAUGCAGUGUUGAAUGAAGAAGUUUCAAAUGAUGAGGUCUAUCGUGAAACCGUAGAACCUAUUGUUCCAAUUAUUUUUCAACGUACAAAAGCCACUUGCUUCGCUUAUGGGCAAACAGGAAGUGGCAAAACUUUUACCAUGAAACCACUGCCUCUAAAAGCAGUCAGGGACAUCCUGAGGCUCAUGCACCACACUUACAGGAAUCAAGGUUUUCAGCUAUUUGUUAGUUUCUUUGAGAUAUAUGGGGGAAAGCUUUUUGAUCUUCUAAAUGAUAGGAAGAAACUUUGCAUGAGAGAGGAUGGUAAGCAGCAAGUCUGUAUCGUGGGUUUGCAAGAGUACCGGGUCUCUGAUGUUGAGACAAUUAAGGAACUCAUUGAGAAAGGUAAUGCAACGAGAAGUACGGGCACCACUGGUGCAAACGAGGAGUCAUCCCGUUCGCAUGCCAUUCUUCAACUGACGAUUAAGAGGUCAGUCGAUGGCAGUGAAUCUAAACCUGCAAGGGUUGUUGGCAAGCUCUCCUUCAUCGAUCUUGCUGGCAGUGAACGUGGUGCAGACACUACUGAUAAUGAUAAGCAGACAAGAAUGGAAGGAGCUGAGAUCAAUAAAAGUUUGCUUGCCCUGAAGGAAUGUAUUAGAGCACUCGACAAUGAUCAGGGGCACAUUCCUUUUCGAGGCAGCAAACUAACUGAAGUCUUGAGGGACUCGUUUGUAGGAAAUUCCCGCACGGUAAUGAUAUCGUGCAUUUCACCAACCUCAGGAUCCUGUGAGCAUACCUUAAAUACCCUAAGAUAUGCCGACAGGGUGAAGAGCCUCUCCAAAGGAAAUAACUCCAAGAAGGAUGUUUUAACUUCGACCGCUAAUCUGAAAGAGUCAAUUGCCCAGCCGUUGAAUUCAGUCCCACCACCAACAUUGGCUGCUGAAGAUGAUAUGGGCGAUUCAUGGCCGGAACAAACUGAUAGGGAAGAAUAUGAUGGUGAUUUCUGUGAACCAGAGAAGCCGACAUGGAAGAACACGAGAGUUGAAUCAUCAUACAGCUUUUCAAAUAUGAACGAUAAAAUGAGGAGAGCCAAUGGCCAGUCCAAGUGGAUGGAGCCUGCUAAGCCAGAGAUAAAACAUUCGAAUUCAGAUGAUAAUCUGAAUGCUUUACUGAAGGAAGAGGAAGAUCUUGUCAAUGCACACAGGAAACAAGUGGAGGAGACAAUGGAAAUCGUUCGCGAGGAAAUGAAUUUGCUGGUCGAGGCCGAUCAGCCAGGUAAUCAGCUAGAUGAUUAUAUCUCCCGAUUGAACUCGAUUCUCUCCCAGAAAGCUGCUGGCAUUCUACAGUUACAAAAUCAGCUGGCUCAUUUCCAAAAACGCUUGAAGGAGCACAAUGUCCUAGUCUCCUCCGGCUAUUGA